UUAUAGAUUCCGAUGCUCGAUAUGUAUCACAUUUCGCCUAUAGAAAUGUAUACCUAAUACCAUGACUCACUAAUGUCUCCCCUCACCUUGCAAUUACAUCUUCCUUCGUACUUCCGGAAAGACAAGUGCGAAUUUAGGAUGACUGUCGGAGGCAACUACAGGCCACGCUGCUUCCUGGACGUACAGAUAGGAGCACAAGCAGCUGGUAGAGUUGUCAUCGAGCUGUUCUCGGAUGUGUGUCCAAAGACUUGUGAUAACUUCCGGGCACUAUGCACAGGCGAAAAAGGCGUCACUGCCAAGUCGGAGCAUCCCCUCCACUUCAAGAACUCCCCCUUUCAUCGCGUUGUGAAGGACUUCAUGAUCCAAGGAGGAGACUUCACUAAAGGUGAUGGAACAGGGGGAGAGUCCAUUUACGGAGGGGUGUUUCCAGAUGAGAAUUUCAUCUUGAAGCAUGACAAGGAGUUUCUCCUGUCAAUGGCCAAUCGUGGUAAGGACACUAAUGGAUCCCAGUUCUUCAUAACAACAAAAUGUACACCUCACCUCGAUGGGGUCCAUGUGGUGUUUGGCCACGUCAUCAGUGGCCAGGAGGUUGUCAGGCAGGUGGAGAACCAGCCCACUGACGCCAAAUGCCGCCCUCAGAGCGAGGUGAUCAUCACAAACUGUGGGGAGCUCGUCCGUCAGCUCAAAGUCAAAUCAAAAAAGAAAAAGCCAACGUCAGAGUCCGGUGAAUCAAGCUCAGCAGACUCUUCCUCCAGCUCCUCCGAGUCCUCCAGCAGCGAGGAGGAGAAAAGGAAGAAAAAGAAGAAAAAGCAAGAAAAGAAACGAAAGAAGGAGAGCAAAGAGAAGAAGGAACCAGUGGAGGAGACAGAGGAGAAGGACAAAGUGCCCACAGUGUUUGCAGAAAUCAGAUCUGAUGAAAUCCCAGACAUCCCUUUUCAAAAGUUCCUCUUCCGAGGCCAGCAAAAAGAAGAGGAGGAAGAAAAACAGAGUAAAGAGCGUUCUCCCCCUGGCUAUGGCCGACGUGCUCCUCCAGAGCGGAUUCCGUAUCGAGGUGGGCAGGUGAACUACUCCCGGACAGGGAGGAAGAUCAAGGGGCGGGGCAGCGUGAGAUAUCGAUCCCGUAGUCGAUCACGGAGUGAGACACCACCCCACUGGAAGAGAGAGCUAAAUCGACUGAAGCCGCUCAGUGAGGCUGAGAAGGAAGCGGAGAAACGCUGGGUCAAAGGUGACAGGCUGAAUCAGUCGCGUCAAGGUCAGAGGCCCCAGCAGCAGGAAGGGGGACAACUCCAGCCUGCCCCAAGUAACAGGGAACAGUCUGGGAAACAUGACAAGAAGAAGCACAAGAAGGAGAAGAAACACCACAAGAAGCAUAAGAAACAUGGGAAACACAAGAAAAAGAAAGAACGUGGGAAGUCGCCAGGGGCUUCCCCCGAGGUGGAGUCUUCUGCUGACAGUGAAGACGAGAGUGCAGCGGCGGCAGCGGCGACGGGUUCAGACGGAGGGCACAACGGCACCGAGAGGUCACGCCAGGACAAGUCAGAGAGAUCUGAAAGAAGGCAGACCACUGGAGAUAGGUCGAGGGAUCGAAGAGAGGAAUUCGUGAGAGGAACUCAGGUUGGACAUAGGCAGACGGAAAGAAGAAAUGAGUCACUGGAGCGGAGAGAUGAGAGAACAGCCAAUAGACAGGCUGAUCGACCUCCACCUAGAGAUGAACGAUUCUUAAAACAUGGAAGCAGACAGAAUGAUAGGGAGGAACCAAAUCGCCAGGUGAAUGAACGACGUGUUUUUGUAGAACAACGAGGUCGACGUAGGGCAAGGUCGUCUUCCAAGGAUUCUGAUGACAAUGAUGGAGGAAGAGCCAGACGUGCCAAUCCCCCUGCUGCAAGAGAGUCAUCCCGGGAACAGAGAGAGAGCACCAGCAGACGGUCAAGGAAUGACUCGGGGCGAUCUGACACAAGGGAUCCCCGAAAGAGGAGAGACCCCAGUAGUUCUGAAGAAAGACCAGGGACACGGUCAAGGCGGGAAAACAGCCGGCAUGGUGUUCCUGACAGAAGAGGGCAAAAUACGCAAACAUCUCGAUCAAAUCCAAACAUACGAUCAAGAGACAAUCAAGCUCGUGCAAGGAGAUCAUCUUCCUCAGAGUCAGACGAUGACAACAAAAGAAACGGGACUCACAGAAAAUCUCCAGCAGAUCAAGAGCGGGCACGAAGACCAUCAAAACGAGAUAGGUCGUCCUCAGACUCUGGCACCGAGAGAUCACGACAAGAACGGCAGAGGAAAGCAGCAGAGUUGAGAUCUCAACAACAGAGCAGACGCACAUCAGAUUCUUCUGACUCGGAUUCUGACCGACCACGCAGAUCACGAGAAAGGUCACGAGAGCGACGAAGGUCAAGUUCAGCAGAAAGGAAGGCUCGAGAGAAGCGCCAAUUGGAACUGAAGCAGUUUCACAGGUCUCUUCACCCGACGUCUGUCAGUCCACCACCAACGCACUGGAAGCCUGGCCAGAAGUCACUCCUACCAAAGGAAGCUAACUCUGUUGUUGAAACCAGAAGACCUGAACCAACCUCACUGUAUCCUGAAAUCCCACUUCCUGGAGAACCACAUCCACCAGCUGAUAUCCCAAUCAGCAUCCCCCACAAUGCACCAGAUCGGAGACUGGUCAGCAGGAUCCAGUAUGACCUUGAGGGAGGGUCGGAGCACCCAGUGGCGGCAAAUCCUGUCAAGCCUCCCGAAACACAACCUCCACUAAAAAGGUCAAGGUCAUCUAGUUCUUCCUCCAGCAAGUCCUCAAGGUCAGCAAGUAACUCCGAUUCUGAGUCAGAUUCACAAUCAGAUGAAGCCCAAAAGAAAGAGAAAAAGAAGGCAGAGGAGCGGAUCACGUGGCAGCCCCCGCCUGAUCCAGAUGAUGGAGAGAGAGAGGAAGAGUUCCGCUCCACACGGAUGGUGUUCAGAGCAAACAGUGGCCCGGAAUCUGGGGGAACAGGGCCUCGCAUACGCACACCGCCGCUGCCCCCCAUAGGACAAGUUGCCGUGGCAACAUCAGAGCUAGCCAGACAAGAGGGUCGGCAAGUCACAGGUGAUGACAGAACGGCUCUUCGAGGGAAGGAGAAAGAAGCUGACAGGGGAAGAAGUGUCAGUGUUAGAAGCAGAGAGAGGUCAAUUCCCCUGGACAGCGACCAGGAAAAGAAAAGACGGAAGACCAAUAGUAGCAGCUCAAGGUCACGCAGUCCACAAAAACAACCUAAUGAAGAUCAGAAAAGAUCUUCCUUAGACCAAAGAAUAGUGAAACUGGCACCCAAAAUUCUGGAAAGGAGUACUUCACAAGCAGAGAAAGGUCGUGAUCCUCGGAAGAGUUCUAGUUCUUCCACCUCUCCUGCUAGGCGGCGUAGAUCAUCAUCUUCCAGUUCCGGAAAGUCUACUCCUCCCCGCAAGGGGUCCGCUGGUCGGUCACUCAGCCGGAAUGGAGACAAACCAGCUCGACCUGUUAGAAGAGAUCUUUCUCCUCGGAGAAGAUCACCAUCUCGUCCAUCACCAAGACGUCAGUCUCCUCCUAGACCACGUAGAUCUCCACGUAGAUCUCCACGUAGAUCUCCACGUAGAUCUCCUCGUAGAUCACCUCGAAGAUCACCUCGUAGAUCUCCACGUAGAUCUCGUUCCAGAUCUAGAUCAAAAUCAACACAAAGGAGAAAGUCACGAUCACCUAGAAGGAGGUCAAGAUCACUUAGGAGAUGGUCGCCACCAAGAAGAUCACGCUCACCAAGAUUAAGAAGGUCAAGGUCACCGAGACGAUCCAGAUCUCCAAGGAGACGAUCACCUCCUCGUAGAUCAAGGUCAAGAUCACCUAGGUGGUCAUCAAGAAGAUCGCGAUCACCAAGGCGAAGAAGAACACCUCCAAGAAGAUCUAGAUCACCUAGAAGGUCAAGGUCACCAAGGCCCAACAGAAGAUCAAGAUCACCAAGACCUGUGAGGAGAUCAAGGUCAAAGUCAAGAAGUCGUUCAUCAGAUGGUUACAGAAGACGGACCAGCCCAGGAAGACGUAGAAGACGUAGUGACAGCAGAGGUCGGUCUCGAAGUAGGUCAAGGUCACGUAGGCGGAGAAGCAGCAGUAGUAGGAGCAGCAGUGGUAGUUCACGUCGACGUAGCCGAAGACGCUCACGAAGUACAUCCUCAAGUGAUUAAACACUAUUUUGCGAAUAUAUCAAAUGGGAUUAAUGUCAAGUCAACUAAAAUGUUUUAUGCCGAGUGACUUAUUUUAUGAGGUAGACCCCAGAAAAGAAGUGAAGACGCUACAUAUUUUACAGGAGAAUGUAUUGGUAAGAAGCCCAGAGUGUUUUUUGGAACAUAUCAUUUACAUUAAGUGCUUUUUGUAUAUUGCUAUAAAAAAGUUAAGGACCACUUGGUUCUGUCAUAUUAUGAUAGUUAAUCUGUCAUGCCAUAACAGAUUAACUUUAGUCAUAUGAUAGAAUCAGGUGGUCCUCAACCUUUUUAUGUAGUGUAUAUCAACAAAUGAAGCCCAACCUGGUACAUUAACAAGGCGAUACCAAAGUAUUUCAUCAAGAUGGUUAUGAUGUCCAAGAUAGGUACUUAGUCUGUUGUUUACAUCCCAUCAAGUUAUAUCACAAUACUGUGACCAACUGACAGAUACACAAACAGAACUGUGGUGGACACCAAGUUGUGGCAGCACAGCACAAGUUGAUGUCCCACAUUGAUUCUUUGUGUACUCCUAGUGAUCAACUGUUGGUAUGUCAACUGUUGGUAUGUCAACUGUUGGUAUGUCAACUGUUGGUAUGUCAACUGUUGGUAUGUCUAAUCUUGGUAUGUCAACUGUUGGUAUGUCUACUGUUGGUAUGUCAACUGUAGAUAUGUCAACUGUUGGUAUGUCUACUGUUGGUAUGUCUACUCUGGGUAUGUCAACUGUUGGUAUGUCAACUGUUGGUAUGUCUAAUCUUGGUAUGUCAACUGUUGGUAUGUCAACUGUUGGUAUGUCUACUGUUGUUAUGUCAACUGUAGAUAUGUCAACUGUAGGUAUGUCAACUGCUGGUAUGUCUACUCUGGGUGUGUCAACUGUAGGUAUGUAAACUGUUGGUAUGUCAACUGUUGUUAUGUCAACUGUUGGUGUGUCUGCUGUUGCUAUGUCAACCGUUGGUAUGUCUACUGUUGCUAUGUCAACUGUUUGUAUGUCUACUGUUGGUAUGUCAGCUGUUAGUAUGUCUACUGUUGGUGUGUCAAUUGUUGGUAUGUCUACUGUAGGUAUGUCAACUGUUGGUAUGUCUACUGUUGGUAUGUCAACUGUUGGUAUGUCUACUGUAGGUAUGUCAACUGCUGGUAUGUCUACUCUGGGUGUGUCAACUGUAGGUAUGUAAACUGUUGGUAUGUCAACUGUUGUUAUGUCAACUGUUGGUGUGUCUGCUGUUGCUAUGUCAACCGUUGGUAUGUCUACUGUUGCUAUGUCAACUGUUUGUAUGUCUACUGUUGGUAUGUCAGCUGUUAGUAUGUCUACUGUUGGUGUGUCAGCUGUUAGUAUGUCUACUGUUGGUGUGUCAAUUGUUGGUAUGUCUACUGUAGGUAUGUCAACUGUUGGUAUGUCUACUGUUGGUAUGUCAACUGUUGGUAUGUCUACUGUAGGUAUGUCAACUGCUGGUAUGUCUACUCUGGGUGUGUCAACUGUAGGUAUGUAAACUGUUGGUAUGUCAACUGUUGUUAUGUCAACUGUUGGUGUGUCUGCUGUUGCUAUGUCAACCGUUGGUAUGUCUACUGUUGCUAUGUCAACUGUUUGUAUGUCUACUGUUGGUAUGUCAGCUGUUAGUAUGUCUACUGUUGGUGUGUCAGCUGUUAGUAUGUCUACUGUUGGUGUGUCAAUUGUUGGUAUGUCUACUGUAGGUAUGUCAACUGUUGGUAUGUCUACUGUUGGUAUGUCAACUGUUGGUAUGUCUACUGUUGGUAUUUCGACUGUUGGUGUGUCUGCUGUUGCUAUGUCUACUGUUGGUAUGUCAACUGUUGGUAUGUCUACUGUUGGUAUGUCAGCUGUUAGUAUGUCUACUGUAGAUAUGUCAACUGUUGGUAUGUCAACUGUUGGUUAGUCUACUGUUGCUAUGUCAACUGCUGCUAUGUCAACUUUUGGUAUGUCUACUGUUGCUAUGUCAACUGUUGCUAUGUCUACUGUUGGUAUGUCAACUGUUGGUAUGUCAACUUUUGGUAUGUCUACUGUUGCUAUGUCAACUGUUGCUAUGUCUACUGUUGCUAUGUCAACUUUUGGUAUGUCUACUGUUGCUAUGUCAACUGUUGCUAUGUCUACUGUUGGUGGGACCACGGGUGUCCCUGUCGGCUAAGACGUCGCAAUUCGCUGUUCAGAGUUGCGUCCCUUGGGCACGCCAGAAACCUAUGAUUGUGGGUUUGAAUCCCAGUUCGUCCCGAUUAUGUUUCUAGGUUUGUCAGCACCAUACCCUUGCUCGUGGGUUUCACCGAAGUGGUAAAUG